AUGACAACAACAACCGGAAAUGAAGAAUUUGGUUAUGAAGUUUUGGUGAAGAAUAAAUUGUUAAAAGUACAACAUGAUUUGUCAUCAGAUUUUUCUGUUCAAACAUUAACUGUUCCUGUCAAGCAUCAUUGGCAUAUUAUUGGACCUAAAAGAAGUACUUUGAAUACAAUUAUUUAUAAUGACGGCAGUAAUGGUGGUGUUAUCGGUGCAUAUUCACCUGUUUCAUUAAAGGACCUUGUUAAAGAAGUUGAAAAAAUAAUUGAAGGAAUUAAUGAAAAAGUAGAAGAUGCUAAACGUAUUGAGAAUUUACAAUUUCAGAAAUCAACACUUCACAUAUUAUUAGUAAAGGAGGAAGCAAAAUAA